UAGUAAGCAGCCGUCAUUCAUUACUGCUGGUAUGUCGAUCCACCGGGGGCCGGCCGGCUCAAGCCCCCUCGGUCACCGGAUCGGCGGCACCUGCUCGGCCCCGGGUGCUAUUUUCACCCUCAGGAUAAAGUGAUGUGCAGCCGCCGCCCGCACGACCCCAGCAGCUCCAGUCCGACCAGAGCAGCGCCAGGAUGAAGUCCACCGGCAGCGAGCCCAGUGCGCAGCCCGACGGCUUCACCUCCGACCUGGACGACCUGGACAGCAGCAGUGACAGCUCCGACGGGAAGUCCACCGGCGGCUGCAGCCCGCGCAGGGAGCCGGGUGAGGCUGAGGGGAACGCGGGAGCGGCCGGUGGAGGUUCACCGAGGUGGAGGAGGAGGCGGAGGCGCAGCAGUGGAGGUGGAACAGGCGACGGGGAAACGGGUCUGCCCGGAGCGAGCAAGCAAAGGCAGGCGGCCAACGCGCGGGAGCGGGACAGGACGCACAGCGUGAACACGGCCUUCUCCGCGCUGCGCACGCUCAUCCCCACCGAGCCCUCCGACAGGAAGCUCUCUAAGAUCGAGACGCUGCGCCUGGCCUCCAGCUACAUCUCCCACAUGGCUAACGUGCUGCUGCUGGGGGAGGACUGUUUCGACGGACAGCCCUGCCUCCGCUACCAGAGCAUCCUGCACGGCACCGCCGCGCUCAGUGCGUCCUCCCUGCGCCCUAUCUGCACUUUCUGCCUCAGCAACCAGAGGAAACUGCUCAGAGAUGGAGGGAAGCACUCAGCGGCUGUGUGAAGCGAAGCGGCUCCGGACAGACGAGGAGCAGCUCAUCGUGAUGUUUGUUUACAUGUAGUCACGUGGCGUAGAAACGCACCUGUAGGAAUCUGUACAUAUAUAAAUAAUAUGUUUAUUUUUGGAUAAGACUAGAAAACCAUAGACACCACUAAUACUGAAAAAAGCACUUUCUGCUCACGUUGGUGUGCUUCUGGAACCUUUAUGUUUUGGUUGAGCUGUAACUUGAACCAGUGUGUAAAGCUGCACCUGAUGGAGAGUGGGGGAGGGAGGAGAGGGUAUUUUGGCCCCAAAAUAGGACCGACCCCCCCCCCACACUCUCCAUGUCCGACUCCUAAAAAAAAACUACCUUGUCGCCUACAGUCACAUGAAGGACAUUAAAAACCUGUUACUGCAGCGGUCGCUGUCAGUUGUGUUGACGCUGCCUUCAAGUACUGUCCGAAAUAUCACAAUUACGCAGGGGGGGCUCUUAAAGAAGCACCAACUCAUCUAUCGCCACUAGUGGUGAAGAGUUGGAACGUCAGGCUCUCCCUGCACGAUAACAUGUAACAUAUGAACCUCUUAGCAAUCAGAAAAGUGCUACCUCUGCUGAUGUGUCUACCGCCCGCUCAGGCCGUAACUACGACGCAGAGAUUCUUACUACACACCAAAAUAAAAAGAGGUGUCUCCAUCAGGAGGUUUUUUUCAUGUGUAGGAAUAAGACGGAUCACUUUUCCUUUUUACCUGCAGAGGGCAAACAAAACUGGAAAUAUGACUGAAGAAAGGUCAGUUUAAUAAUGUGCCAAAAAGUCAAAAAAAAAGAUUGUUAGAGGAAAAGUUGAACCUCAGAAUCUGUAUAAAGAAUCAAUAGAACUUCAUCUAAAAUUUUCUUUUGGCCUGAAUUCAAGAUGAAAUAUUGAGCUAAAUAUAUUUGCAGUGUUGUAAAAUGUUUACUUUUGCAUUGUUGCACAAUUUCUGUAUCACAUUGAAAACACAAAACUGGAUGUUUUUGUGCGCACAUGAAUGUGAGAUGUCCUGGCAUGCAAAGUACAUUUGGGUGCCAUUUGCACUUUUUGGGGAAAAUACAACACAAUCCUUUUUACAAUUAACUAGAUCCUGACAGUAUACAGCAAAUGUGGAUAAAAAUAUCCCGGGGAAAUGUUGCACGCUACCUCAGACCUUUUUUUGAAUAUGAAGGCCUACCUCUAAAUCUAAUGUGUAACACAACCGUAUAAAAAUGUACUUGAAUACCUGACGAUUGUGUCCUUUGCACAUCCCAAAUACUGAUAAGCUGCUUGAAGAGAAAUGUAUUUUUGUACAAUAAACAUGAAAAUAUUUA